CAGGCCGGGCCGAGAAGAUCGACACCAACAUUAUUCACCGCCUCUACAAUAAAUAGCGUAGAUUGAAAAUUUCCCGGCUAUUCUGAAAUUUAUGGCUUCCCGCGCUGAAUCGUCAUCUUCUCCUCCUUCUCCUCCUUCGAAGAAGAGUUGGGGAGAGAGGGUAUCAGAGGCAGUUUUAUCAGUUUAUAAUUCUCUCCCGAAGAAAGGAAAACCUCAAGGGCGAGAAACUACCGUUUUGGCGGCAUUUCUCGUUUCUUCUCCUUCUCAAGAUUUACAAGUUAUCGCAGUGGGAACGGGAACUAAAUGUCUCGGACGGUCGAGGCUGAGUGCACAUGGCGAUGUGGUAAACGAUUCGCAUGCAGAAAUUAUUGCACGAAGAGCUCUCCUGAGGUUCUUUUAUACAGAGAUUGGAUAUCUCAAUACCAUUUGUACCAGGGAUGGAUGUAAUAAUGGUAGACAACAGAUGCAGAGUGAUAAUUCCAUGAACUUCCUUUUCCAUUUGGAGAUCGAUGGUCAUGGUGAAGGAAAAUACUCUAUCCGACCAGGUUGGCAGCUGCAUUUAUAUAUAUCACAGUUGCCCUGUGGGGAUGCCUCUUCGUCAUUGCUUUCAAUUAGAGAUUCACCCCUAACAGAACAAAGUUCAUCACUAUCUAUGAAUGGACUCAUGAGUUCCACCGAUGAAGGUGACUGUAUACAAGCUGUUGGCAUGGUUCAGAGGAAACCUGGUCGUGGUGAUACAACAUUGUCAGUGAGCUGCUCCGAUAAAAUUGCCCGAUGGAAUGUUGUGGGCAUCCAAGGAUCUUUGCUUUCUUGCUUUCUUCAACCUGUCUACCUAUCUUCCAUUACUGUUGGGCGCUCUCCUAGCAAUCGUUCUGAAGAACUUCCCCUAGAGUAUAAUUUGAAGAGAGCACUUUUUGAUCGCAUCUUUCCAUUAUCUAGCAGGCUUACUGCACCAUUUCGAGUGAACAAGCCACUAUUUUGGGAGGCCCCAAUACCACCUAAGGAGUUUCAGCAAUCAGACUCCACUGCAGAAACUUUAACUUGCGGGUAUUCUGUUUGCUGGAACAAGUAUGGCUUGCAUGAAGUUAUCCUUGGAACCACUGGCAGAAAGCAAGGCACAUCCUCAAAAGGGGCACUUUCCCCCGCCACUGAAUCGUCUUUAUGCAAGAAACGCCUGUUGGAUCUCUUUGUGUCACUGAGAUGUGGAUGCUCUGAUGAAGUCCUGGCUGAUGCUGUAUCUUAUCGAGAAUUGAAGGAAAGAGCUGAUGAAUACAGUUCCACUUUGAAGAUUUUCAAAGAUAAUCUGCCUUUCAGAAAUUGGAUUCUGAAACCUAUGGAUCUUGCGGCAUUCCCUAUUUUAAGGUAGUAAG